CUGUCCAUCUAAUCAGAAAAAUGCGCAGGAAAUAGCUGGUUUUAAAAUCGCGUCCUUGAAUGAGUGAACCGCUUUGUUUUACGACAUUAAUUAAACUUUGGAGGAACAAGCUAACUGAAUAUUUUCAAAUAACAUUAUGCGCCGAGUCUACUCACCGACAGAUAGUUUCCGGUAACUUGGGAUAAACUACCUGGAGGACAAACAAGACACGUUUUGGAAGUGGAAUAGAUGACUUUAAUCUUCUCGUGAAAUUACAAGCGGUGUUCGAUAAUGAACUCUGUGAAUAUGAACAGAUUGAACGCAUCCGUCUCUGGGAAUCAGGCGUACCAGUACGCGGUCUAUGAGUCUCCGCUGUAUACGGACUACAAACCUCCAGCCAGAGAUCUCAUCCAGCUUCCCAAAGCCCUGCUCUACCUGAUGAUGGCCGCGGUGGUGGUGGUCGCUGUCGCUUAUGCCAUUGUGGGACAUUUAAUUAAAGACCUCGCUCAUGACAUCUUAGAUUGGGCUUUGGGUCCAGACGAUGAGAUAUUGAAGGCCGGCAGUGAGGCAGGUGAAGAUGGUCCCACGCACAUGCCACCAGGCCUCACACACUCCCACCCCAACGCCUUCCAUGUUUGGGAUCAGGACGAUGUGGUCAUCCCCCUCUCUCCGCAGCACAGCCCCCAGAACAGCCCUCUUCUGGCUGCCAUCCCAUUUAUUCCUCAUUUCUUCCCCUCUCCUGUCUCUCACAGUGUGCUCAACAGCCCCUGUGCCCAAACUCAGCAAGGGGAAAACAAGAGCCCCACCAAGGCCCCACAAGAGGCCUACAUCUUUCCUUCACCCAGAAUUACAGGACGUAGCUCCACUUUCUCACACAUAUCAUUCCAUGAGAGGAGAGAUGGGACUGAUAAAGUUUGAACUACAGAACAAUGGCUCACACUAGACUGUAGUCCAACACUGCUUCAGUCUUAAAAUAAUAGUUCUCCGAAAAAUGAGUAUUUUGGAACAACCCUUUUCCAUAAAACAAAAGAUUUUCAUUUUUGGAUGAAGGUAACACUUUAUUUCAAUAGUCCACUUUAGACAUUCUAACUUU